AUGACUUCCUUGGAGAUAAACACAGACAUUGCAGAAUAUGGGGAUUUCAUUCAAAGAGAACAAGAAGUUGUGGCACAUAUCGGAGCUGUCAACUUUGAAGGCCUGAAUGAGCCGGUUUUGUUGUCGCAAGAUCUCAGUGGGGGAUGUGGUGGCAAGAUUUGGGAAUGUGCCGAGAUCAUAGUGAAUUACUUUGUCUGGAAGAAUGGGCAAGGUGAGGGGUCACUUUUUAAAGAUAAGACUAUUAUUGAGAUAGGCGCUGGAACGGGUUUAGUUGGCUUGGCCGUAGCUAAGAUUUGUCCUGACCUUAAACAGCUUAUUAUCACAGACCAAAUAGCCAUGAUGAAUUUGAUGCAAGAGAACACCAAGUUAAAUAAUCUCGGUCAUCUUGUUAAACCCAAGAUUUUAAAUUGGGGAGAAGAAAUUGACCAAGAGUUUUUGGAGGCAGAUGUUAUAUUAGCAUCUGAUUGUAUCUACAUGGAAGAAGCAUUUAUACCCUUAAUUGAAACAUUUUUCGCAUUGACUACAAACAAGAAUGCCAUAAUUUACUUGAUGUAUCGUAAAAGACGAAACGCCGAUAAAAGAUUUUUCCAAAUGGCUAAAAAGAAAUUCGAAUUUACUGAUAUCAUGGACGAUCCCAAUAGAGAUGUGUACACUAGACGAGGAUUCCGUCUCUUUGCUGUCAAAAGAAAGGCCACUAAAUAA